ACACUAGUGUGUAUGUCCGAUUACAAAAAGACUGAGCUCUAUCUAACCCAUCCGAUAGUACACGUAGUGUACGUGUACACGUACACGUGUAGUCGUAGCCCCACAUGUAGCAGUCUUGAGGAGUAGCAGUGCUGUACACGUACGUGUAGUCUGUCGUAGCUACACGUACUCGUAUUUACUGUACGUGUACCUGUACUUCAAAGUACUAAAGUACUUUCGAAAGUACUUUCGUACAUGAUAGGAUGUGUAUCAUAGAAGAAACGCCAACGCCAGGCGGUAUCUCACUACGAGUAUUGGGCUCGAUUUUAGCCUCCGACGCGACGCGACGUGGAGGCACCGUUAGUGGGAUCAUGAGACUUCGGGGGCGUACCUUGAGCGUAGCGACAGAACCUCACGGACCUCCGUGAGCCUCGCUGACGCAGAAAUCACGAAAUCUGCUACUGUACGACCAUUUCCCACGGAAAUAGAGUGACACCACUGCUGCAGACAUCCUUGGCAUGACAUCAGAAUUGUUGAUUCAAGCAGCUCAGGUGGCGUGCAUCUUGUGGACACUGACUUGGCAUUCUGCCCGUGCUGCGCUCGGUGUAUUCCUGUCACUCCUGCGUCCACAGACGUGGAUAGUUGAGUCCCACGAAGGAGUCUCGUUCUUUCUUGGGAGUGUCGUUCACGAACGCACGCGUCCUAUUCGGAAUACCUUCACAUACCCGUUACGGUUUGCCGUUGUUGACUUGGACUCGCCUCCUGGUUGGUUCACUGGGAGUGGGCAGGCUGGCGACCACUUGACUGCAGUUGAGGCACGCGCGCGUUGUGGAACAAACGGACGCGUGCGGCUCUUAACCGUGCCCUGGAGCUUUGGAUAUGCCCAAAAUCCAAUAAGCAUUUAUUACUGCUAUGAAAAUCGAAAUGCAUCUACUACUACUGAUGAUGAGGCGCUGAAGUUAUGCCUCGCCGAAGUCACAAAUACCCCUUGGAAUGAGCGCGUCAUCUUCAGUUUCGAUCCAUCAGGUCAGCUAGUGCCCAAAUCGGUACAUGUUUCUCCGUACAUGGACAUGUUCGGUGAUUGGUACAUCAGUGCUUCGGAUCCGAAACAAGUGUUAACCGUGCGAGUUAGCGUCGUUGGCCCACAUUUAGUCAACACAUACUUUGAAGCGUCGCUGACAGCAAAACUGGACACAGGGGCAAUAAGAGCUCGUAGUGAGCGAGCCGGGUUGAGACGGUUUCUCACGCAUGCAUGCACUCCACACCGUAUUGCUAUUUUUAUAUAUUACCAGGCGUUAAGAAUUCACUUAAAAGGAUUACGCGUGUUUCCGCAGCCCGGAAUCGAAAUGAUUGCAAGUAAAUCUGUGAAGGUCGACAGUGAAGUACUUUCGAAGCCCGACAGGGAAGUUAGUUCGAAGGUAGAUGUGAACGCAAGUUCAACAGCACAAAGAAGGAGCUGCUCUGUGGACAGCAAAACUUGUUCUUUUUCGACAUGGCGCACAUCGAGAUCAUGGCCAUGGGAUGCGUAACUGUCCUCUUAGCAUAAUGAAAUCGUAUCCGAACACUACUUGAAGAAAUACCCUUGGCCUUUCUGUUUAUGUCUGGUCGAUAGCACGUGUUUCAAUUGGCGCACAGCAAGAGAGGAGCUUGGAAUACGAGUAAAUAUCUGUACACA